UCCAUGAUAGGCAGAGAGCAAAAAGUAGCUUCUCGUCAUCAGGAAAUUGCACACAUAUGUCGGCCCAUAAAGAGCAGAUUUGUUCAGGGCAGAACAUUGAACAAGUUAGUUAGCCUAUGUGACCCUGUCCAAGAUGAUAUUACUAUUAGUCUGUCUUUUCCUUGGGAACAUUCCUUUAUUUGCAUCUUCAGCAUCAUCCGAGCCAAAAAUAAACUGCCUUAUCAUAAAUCUGGACUACGUUAAUUGCACAUGGAGUGAGCCUGAGCCCAAGUACAAUUACAGUUUCAAGAGCAGGUUUACAUAUAACGAAAUUCAGGAUUGUCCUGAAUAUCACAGGAUUAAUGGUGUUAAUGUGGGCUGCAUGUUUUCCUACACAAAAGCACAAAGGUUUAAUAAGUUAAACACAUGGCUGUACAGUGACAACGGCAGUUUGGUGACAAAUCAAGAACAUGAUAUGAAACAAUAUGUGAAGCUUAACCCUCCGUUCAACCUGUCUGUGGUGGUGAAAAACGAUGCUGAACUGUGGCUGUACUGGAAUAUCACGAACAAUGACAACUGUAUUGAGAGUGUAGUUCGCCACAGGACAGACAACAAUGACUGGAAGAACACCUCUCCAGGCACAAGAAGCUCCUUCACUUUGCCUUUCCCCCCAAAAAAACGCUACGAGUUCCAGGUCAGGUCUCGAAUAUCAUUAUCGUGUGGAGAGUCCAAGUUUUGGAGCGACUGGAGUCAGUCUGUGUACUGGGGAUCUUUUAAGCCCAACAAUGAUGCAGAAAUAAACUGCCUUAUCAUAAAUCUGGACUACGUUAAUUGCACAUGGAGUGAGUCUGAGCCCAAGUACAAUUACAGUUUCAAGAGCAGGUUUACAUAUAACGAAAUUCGGGAUUGUCCUGAAUAUCACAGGAUUAAUGGUGUUAAUGUGGGCUGCAUGUUUUCCUACAAAAAAGCACAAAGGUUUAAUAAGUUAAACACAUGGCUGUACAGUGACAACGGCAGUUUGGUGACAAAUCAAGAACAUGAUAUGAAAGAAUAUGUGAAGCUUAACCCUCCGUUCAACCUGUCUGUGGUGGUGAAAAACGAUGCUGAACUGUGGCUGUACUGGAAUAUCACGAACAAUGACUACUGUAUUGAGAGUGUAGUUCGCCACAGGACAGACAACAAUGACUGGAAGAACACCUCUCCAGGCACAAGAAGCUCCUUCACUUUGCCUUUUCCCUCCAAAAAACGGUACGAGUUCCAGGUCAGGUCUCGAAUAUCAUUAUCGUGCGGAGAGUCCAAGUUUUGGAGCGACUGGAGUCAGUCUGUGUACUGGGGAUCUUUAAAACCCAACAACGGCACAGAGAGUGGGACUUCCAUGUCUGUGACAUCACUGGUGCUGUAUACAGUGGGAGCCACAACAAUACUCCUCAUACUCGCCUGCCUGCUGGUUCAUAGUGAGAGGUUAAGAAUAAUUUUAAUACCAGUGGUACCAAAUGCAGGACAAAAUGUAAGCAAAUACCUUGCAUCCCUUUUUGACAAUGAUGGCAAUAUAGAGAAAUGGCUGUCUAUGCCAAAAGAUCUGGAGAACGGCUUCAAACCCAAUUUCACAGAGCGUGCCUGUCCUGUGCGUGAGUACAAAAUGGUGUCUCAGUCCAGCAGUGACAGUGAAAGCAUCCUCUCCAACCCAACAGACCUGUCAUCAGAUUACCAAUGCAUGCAUAGCUAUUCAUCAGCCUCCACCAUAGCUGGACCUGCUGAAGCCCUACCAACCCAGGGUCCAUCUCCAGUGGAUAAUCCAGUCUAGGUGUCCGACUUAAUCUGACUGAGGCAAUUCAAUUUGAGAGUUUAGUCUGGAUUGAUGAAAAGUAAAACAUUUACAGCUUAAAAAUAGGUUUUUCUUGUUAUAUAAUGAUCAGUCUCAGUCAAAACCAGUAUUGGCAUUUUGCACACAUUUUGUUUUAAAAAAUCCAUUCAGAGCAAAGUUACAUAUCCAAACAAGGAUUUUUGAACAAUUUUUUUUCUUAUGUUCUUUUGUUUAAGCUGGAUAGUGCUUAUAAUUUAAAUUGCAUUCCUUUUUUUUUUAAUAGAGAUGGCAUUUAUUUUCUGUUCAGUUGAAGUAGCUGCACUAUAGUGGUCAUGUAAGCACUUUUAAUGUUUUUUUCCCCCCUAGAUUGUGUGCUCUUGUUCAGACUAUUCAUUUGUGUGGAAUUAUUUUCGCAAUGUUAUGUUUGCUGUUUUACAUAGUAAUGUACGUGAGAUUUCUGUAGAGCUGUUGGAACAGUUUUGUUGAUAUUAUCUCAUUGCUUAUCUCAUAUAAUCUCAUUAUCUCAUUGAUAAUAUUAUCUCAACGAGAUAUAUUUAGCAAAAAAAAAAAGAAAAAAAGUCAAUUCUUGAAAAUGAUUUGUGUACUCAUGGGAAAAGCCCACCACCUACCAACCCAUGUGUUAUCUGAUUAUUUAGAGUGCUAAAUAGUUAUUUGUGAUUCAUGCUGCCAAUUAGCAAUGUAGUUGCAGUUUCAUUUCAACUAGACAAGUCACUCUAUAUAUUUAUAUAAUUAUUGUAUCUCUUAGGAAAAGGUCUUAACAGCAUCUGAAAUCUUAAAUUUAAACAAUGUUGGUAGCACUUGUUGCUGAAAUGUAUGUCAUAAUGUAUGCUGUGUAUGUUUUCAUCAACAUUUUACUUUUGUAUUUGUAGCGUUCAUCUGUAGUGUUGAACAAGAUGGGAUUUUUAACAUUUACUAUGUAUGUGAGUUUGCAAUUUUAAGAUUUAAGAUGAGUAGAGGUUUGUAGACAUAUAUUAUGCUUUUAAAGAAUGUAAUGCUUUUGCAAUUAUUGAAUAAAAACAUUCAAAAACA